AUAAAGAAUAAUAAUAACAGCCCUUUCUUCUAAAGCUCUUUGAUAUCUAGCUACCUUCAUCCUUAUCACCAAUGGCUCCUCUAGCCUAUGAAUCACGUCGUUCUCUAGUCCCCGAGUUUCUAUACUCAUCAAAAGCAUUCUCCCCUUUUGAUACAUUGACAAGGAUGAAUCUUGGAUCGCCGCGAGCAACGUCGUCCUUUGUUCAUAAGGCAGCACCGUCGAGAAGCAGUUUCUUGAUCCCAGCACCGUCCGAGAAGAUAGCGAUGUUUUCUCCGGCUUACUACGGUGCGUGUACAGUCGGUGGGAUCCUCAGCUGUGGCCUUACUCAUAUGACCGUCACUCCUCUUGAUCUCGUCAAGUGUAACAUGCAGAUUGACUCAACUAAAUAUAAGAGCAUCUCAUCGGGAUUUGGAGUUUUAAUGAGGGAGCAGGGAAUGAAAGGCUUUUUUCGAGGGUGGGUGCCUACUCUGCUUGGAUAUAGUGCUCAAGGGGCGUGCAAAUUUGGAUUUUAUGAGUUCUUCAAGAAGUAUUACUCAGACAUUGCAAGGCCAGAAUAUGCAGCGAAGUACAAAACGUUAAUAUAUUUGGCUGGUUCUGCUUCAGCGGAGCUGAUUGCAGAUGUUGCUCUUUGCCCCAUGGAAGCUGUCAAAGUUCGUGUUCAAACUCAGCCUGGCUUUGCUCGAGGUUUGUCAGAUGGGUUCCCCAAGUUUGUCAAGGCAGAGGGAGCUCUUGGGUUGUACAAAGGACUUGUCCCUCUCUGGGGUCGUCAGAUUCCAUACACAAUGAUGAAAUUUGCAUCUUUUGAGACCGUUGUGGAGAUGUUUUACAAAUACGUCAUUCCUACACCCAAAGAGCAGUGCAACAAAAAUGUUCAGCUGGGAGUAAGUUUUGCAGCAGGAUAUGUGGCUGGCGUGUUCUGUGCUAUUGUCUCUCACCCCGCUGAUAACCUUGUUUCAUUCCUCAACAAUGCCAAGGGAGCCACUGCUGGCGAUGCUGUCAGGAAGUUGGGGCUGUGGGGGCUUUUCACUCGUGGCCUUCCACUUCGUAUUGUUAUGAUUGGAACCCUCACUGGAGCUCAGUGGGGAAUCUACGAUGCUUUCAAAGUAUUUGUCGGACUGCCUACGACUGGAGGAGGUGCUCCUACAGCACAUAUUGCAAAGGCUUAGAAAUUGAAGUAGAUAAUUUUAACACCCAAGCAAUUUUUUUUGGAGAUGCCAAUAAUGUUAGGAUGCUAGUAACUGUUUUAUUGUUGCCGGUGCACACCAAAUAUAUACAUACAUACACACAUAUAUGUAUAUAUAUAGUGUGAGAGCCAUACUUCUUGUUUUGAGGUGGCGGUUUAGGUAUUUUGUUUUUUUAAACUUCCCUGUGAAUUGUUGUUUGAUUAUGUUGUCUCGGCAGUCGGAUGAUACAUCCUACAUGUUGUAUUUACUAUUACAAUCUGUUGAACCUUCAGGUUCAAGGCAUUCCUUUCUCUGGUCAAUGUUCGGAAACGAGUAGCUGCAUUAUUCCUCUGAAAAAAAGUAUUACAGAA